AACAUCGUCGUUAAGUGUCGUGAAACUCAACAUUUAUUUUCAUGCGCUGACUUUCAACAACACACGCCACUUUAAUAACAUUCAUGCUAGCAUUUUGACAGCAAAACCCCAAGCUUCCGGUUUCCUCGUGCCACAGGUCUCCCAGCCUGACGCAGGGGUGCUGUCGUAAGCCAGCAGCAUCAAGAAAAAUAACAGGCUAAAACAGGCUGAAUUAGUCCUGAUUUUUGUCCUCGCGGGGGAAGAUGGUGGCUAAACAGAGGAUCCGUAUGGCCAACGAGAAACAUAGCAAGAACAUCACGCAGAGAGGAAACGUGGCCAAAACGCUGCGACCACAAGAGGAGAAGUAUCCUGUGGGUCCCUGGCUGCUCGCCCUCUUUGUAUUUGUUGUGUGUGGAUCAGCCAUAUUUCAGAUCAUCCAGAGCAUCCGUAUGGGGAUGUGACUCAGGAGGAAGCUCUGGACCCUCAUCCCCCACCUCAUGCCCUCACUGAUUCUGGCAAACCUGUGCCUGCACACUCGUGUCCCCCGUCCCAGAGGCCCAAACAUGGAUGCCAGACACUUGAGAAAAAACAACCCCCUAUGGACAAACCUCAGUCCUCCAUC